AUGUCCCAUUCUCAGUCAAUUGAGGCCAACAAGGAGGCAUUUCAGAAAUUUUCGGCCGACUACGAUAAGCGUGCUUUCAUCAAAGUUCUUCAGGAUGCUGUUGCCUAUAUCUUGGUGACGUUUGACCUGACCAGGCCCAGAAAGACUCUCGCAGAAACGGAGACUCCCAUAAAUGGAGAGGAGAUUCUCAAUAUGGUCAAUGCCCUUCCAAAGGGACAGAUACUGGGUAACUUAUUGAAGCCAGGAUGUAAAAUCAUCGACUUUGCCUGUGGCUCAGGCGCUAUCACCGAGCGGUUGGCACCAUUUCUUACCCAAGGUGAGUAUAUAGGCAUUGACGUCUCAGAAGGGAUGUUGGAGAAGUUCAACGAAGCAGCAGAGAAAAUCCAGCAUGAAUGGCCAAAUUUCAAAGUGAAAUCCUUGUGUGGAGACAUUCUCUCGAACGAUUUUGCCGAUGCCUCCUUGGUGGGCUCUGCUGACUUGGUGUUCUCCUCCAUGGCUUUCCACCAUCUCCACGACUACAACGCGGUUGCCGAUAAACUAAAGACAUAUGUGAAGCCAGGAGGACACAUUGUUGUGCUAGACAUGUUCAAAGCAGCCUCUGGCCCAAGCUUGUUGUCGAAGCACUCACAUGGACACGGGAAUUCAGACGAGCUUAGUGAAGUUGCCAAAGAGCAUGGAGCUAGCCACCGUGGAAUUGCCAACGAAGAGAUGGUGCAAUGUUUGACGUCGGGGUGCGAGGAAGUGUCGAGUGCAAGAGAACUUCAUUUGAACUUGUGGUUUGAUAAGCAGAUGGUGGACCCCGAGGGUAAGAAACAGCUUCCUGAGAGAAAUGGGAUGUCGUUGGCGCCCUGCGGGGUGGUCGUGGGUGUUGCCAAGCGAAGCCUGACAGUGUCAGGUGGUUAA